GUGCAUUUUCAUGAUCGCCCUGCAUCGGACAUUAGUCUCCCCUAACUGCCAUAUUCUUCAGCACCGUUUUAUGACUAGCUAAGCAGAAUAAAAGGAAAGGAGAAAGGAAAAAAAAAUAAAACGCAAAAAAUUACUAUGGCAGAUGUUCGAUCUUUACUUCGAAAUGAACUGGCUUCCCGGAAGGGCUCGAAUCAGACAGGGAAAGCGGCGACAACAACAACAACAACAACAACAACAACAACAACAACAACAAACCGUGUUAUCAAGAAGCGGAAGGUAGAUCCCGAGGAUGAUUUGACGCGCAAGAAGAUGAGACAUGCGAUCGCAAAUGCGGAUCCGCAGUCUGCAAAUCUCCAUCCCGUACAGCCACCGAGUGCCCAGUCCUUCGAUGAAGACACUGAGCUCCCGGAGCGGGAUACUGCAGGUCCAGAAUCCCCAUCAGACGCAGAAGAAGUCGAGCAAGCGACAGUUCAAGUCAGCACACAACUGCCUGAGUCGAAAAACACUGCCGAACAAUCUCAGAAUAUUGAUGAAGAUGAAUGGGCUGCUUUUGAGCGCGAGGUAGCGGCCCCAAGCCGGGCACCGCAAGCUCCCGCUGCGGUUGCGGCAGAGGCAACAAUAUCAGCGGCGCCUAUUUCUGCCGAGCAGCUUGCAGCUCAGCAAGAGAAGGAAAAUGAAACAACAGCCCGUGGUCGUGAGGCUGAAGUCGAAGGCGAACGCGAAGAUGCAGCUCGGUUCUUAGAAGAUGAGUUCGACGAGAUGGAACAACUAGAGGAGCGGGUUAGACGGUUGAAGCACAAACGCGAAGAGCUAAGGAAUAUGAGAGCCAUGGAGGAUAAAGACGCCCACUCGAUGGAUGGCACAACCACUGCCAUUACUCCGUCAGGAGAGCAUAAAAAGAGCCAGGAAGAUGACGAUGACGACGACGACGAUGACGACGACGACGACUGGGACAACUGGAGAUUCAGGUAACAGACCGGAAAGAAUCAAAUUAGGAAAACGGAAAGGUGUCAUUUCAUACAAAGGGAGGUCUCGAACUUUUCAUAAUUACAUUGAUACCCCAUGAUAUACGAAGUCGCACAAAAGUGUUCUCUAAUGUGUCAUACAUGACUCAACUCCAAGGCUGGCGUCC